ACCAAAGAGGCACUUGAGUGCUUUUCUUAAGUAAUCUGGCUUCUGGAACAGUUCUGGGUUUUCAAACGUGCUUUGGGAACAAUCAGACACUUCCUUCCAGUUAUGGAAUCACUCUGGGACACCAUAGGAAUGCUUGUUUAAAUCUGUCACACGUUUUCAAGAUAUUGAGGAGUGAAGGGAGAGAUGGAGGAAGAGAAGGUAGGACAGAAGUUGCACCCUGGCUAGUCAAUUUUGUGACACUGAGAUUUUUAUUAUCAACCCAUCACUGCAACAGGCAAAGGUUCUGGAAUUUUUUCUCUGCUGAUCUUACACUUUCUUUGUGGUGAACACACAGUUUCUGCCUUGAGUGCUGCAUCUCCCCUCUGAUCUGAGCUUGCACCUUUGUUCUCAGGAUUCCUGCUGAUUAAAGAAUUCCCUUCUGAGGUUCUUCACAGCCAGUGGCUCUGGUGCUUCAGCCAGGGAAUGAAGACAGGGUGGCUCGAAACCUACAGUGGGUUUCAUGUUGCACAGCAGAGCACUGGUCCAACUGGACUAAUCCUUUCAAAAAAGAUGGAUUCAACACUUAAAUCUUAGAGCUUUUUAACUAGUGUUUCUCAGGGCAAGCCCUGCAAAGCAGAAGUGUAAGAAAUCUGCUCAGAAUGAUACCUGUUUGUAAAACAACUCUUCUUUCUUUACAGGAGACAAGACUUGGGAGGCUCAUCAAUGAGGUGAGGAAGAAAACAUCCAAUGAGGAACUUGCCAAACGUGCCAAGAAAUUGUUGCGGAAUUGGCAAAAGUUGAUAGAACCUGUAACCCAGAAUGAACCAGUGCCAAGAGGGCUGCCCAAUCCACCCGGAUCAGCCAACGGAGGGGCUCACAACUGCAAACCAGAAGCUCAGCUUCCUGCUGUGGCUGGGUCCAAGCCAAUCAGUGAAUUGAAAAGCAGGAAUGACAUCCAGAAAAUAAAUUCUCCAAAACCAGAGAAAUUGGGAAAUCGGAAAAGGAAAAGUGAACACAGGGAUGGGCAUCAGGGUCCUCCUCCCCCAAACAUCUCCAAAGCUAGUCAUGAAGUAUUACAAAACUCUUCACCCCCUCCAACAAAUGGAAUUGGAGGUAGUCCUGAAAAUUUUCCUAGUCCUGUAGACAUAAAUCUACAUGUGGGGCCUGAAAGCAGCAGGACAGAACUCAGUGAAAAUGAUAAACACAGUAAGAUCCCAGUAAAUGCUGUAAAACCUCACACCAGUUCUCCAGGACUUGUAAAACCUUCAAGCACUUCCUCGCUACUAAAGACUGCAGUGCUUCAGCAGCAUGAUAAAUCAGAAGACACCCCAGGGCAGCACCAACCCAAGAGUCCUCGCUGUUCCUCCUUUAGCCCCAGGAAUGUCAGGCAUGAGACUUUUGCUCGGCAGCAUACUACGUACUCACCAAAGGAUUCCAUGCCUAGUCCAUCUCAAAGGUCUCAGUUCUUAGACACUGCACAGGUGCCAUCACCACCACCAUCCUUGAUGCAACCAUCAACACCUCCCAUGCCAGCAAAAAGACUGGAGUUCUCUCAGCAACCAGUCCCUGAGGUGUCUCAGCACUGGCAGGAGCAGCAGGUACCUUCUGAAAGCCAGCACAGGCACACAGCAGGGACACUGCAACAGCACACGGCUCCCAGCUGCAAAACCAGCUCCCACCCUGGGGAAUCUCUCAUGCCACACGUGGGCUUUUCACAGGACACUUCAAAAAUGGACAGUGAUGAUGCUGCUUCAGGUUCAGAUAGUAAAAAGAAGAAAAGGUACCGACCCAGAGACUAUACAGUCAACUUGGAUGGGCACGUGACAGAAGGGGGUGUGAAACCUGUGAGGUUAAAAGAGAGAAAACUCACUUUUGAUCCCAUGACAGGACAGAUAAAACCUUUAACACAGAAAGAUCCUUUGCAGGUAGAAAUCCCUGCACUGACUGAACAGCACAGGACAGAAACAGAAAAGCAGGAGCAAAAACCCAACCUGCAAAGCCCUUUUGAACAAACGAACUGGAAAGAGUUGUCCAGAAAUGAAAUCAUUCAGUCCUAUUUAAACAGACAGAGUAGCUUGCUGUCCUCGUCAGGAGUACAGACUCCAGGAGCUCACUACUUCAUGUCUGAAUAUUUAAAGCAGGAGGAAAGCACUAGAAAAGAGGCUAGAAAGACUCAUGUUCUAGCUCCUAACAGCAAACCUACAGACUUGCCUGGGGUCACAAGAGAGGUCACAAGUGAUGACCUGGACAGGAUAUGUGAACACAACUGGCCGGGCGUGAACGGUUGUUAUGACACACAGGGUAACUGGUAUGAUUGGACACAGUGCAUAUCUCUAGAUCCACACGGGGAUGAUGGUAGAUUGAACAUCCUGCCUUACGUCUGCCUAGACUGAGUACAGUUUUGCUAAAAAUGCUUUUUUUUUUUUCUUUUUUUUUUCUGUUGUUGGUUUGUUGUUUUUAUUUUUCCAUCUGCAGUUAGCAAAACGGGCAGACACUCUAUGCCACUUACAGAGGGAGAGAGCUCCUGUCCUGGGCACACGAGCAGAGAGAGGGGGUUGAGGGAGCUGGUUCCCAACAGCUCUUCCCUUUCAGUUCUCCUUUUGUGAAAUGCUGCUACCAGUUUACUAACAAUUGCAAAGGAAGGCACACGAAGGUUGAGAAAAUGGAGUUCAAAACUCUCUAGCGAGCCAGCUAUAAAAACUAAGUGUUAGUCCCCAAGAAGUGAAGAGGAUUUCCAGCACUUUCUGAAUGCCGGAAUCUCACGACAGGCAGGUACAGAGAAAUUGUGGAAGUUACCUUAAAAUAUGCAUCUAUUUAUUUGACUUGAUUUGGGUUUUUAUUUGGCAGUGAGAUAUUCGAGAGACGAGGUGCAAGAAAACAAAAAACCAAACCAACAAACAAAAACAAAACAACCCUGUAGUUUUCUUUGUAUCACAUCUCUGAACAUGAUUUAAGUUUUUUGGGGUUUGUUGGUUGUUUGUUUUUUUUUUAAGUCAUGUGGUACUGAGAUUGGGUUUUAAACAGCAGGUGUUGCACUGCAGGCUGGGCCACCAGCUUCAGCUCAACAUUCCAUAGGCAUCCACAUAUUUUAGUCUGGUUUCAGUUUAAAUCCAGUCUCUGAGAAAUGCUGCAAAAAAAAAACAAAAACAAAAACAAAAAACACACACAAAAAAACAAAACCUAGAUGUUUAACAAUAUUUUUGAUCCCACCACCACCAGCCAAAUAUUUUUUUUUCCCUCCUUUUCCCUUCCUGCAAACUUCUAGGAAACAAAAAAAUAAUAAAAAAUAAUGAAAAAAAUGAUGAAAAAACCACCUUUUCUAGAAUCUAAAUGUAAUGAGGGUGCUACAAGUUUGUAACUGUACUGUGAGAGGGAAAAAGGAAGCCUGUUUGUAUGCUGGAAAUAUACUUGUUACCAUUCCUUUAGAUAUUGUUUGCCUUAUGGAUAUCCAUCAUAAACGCAAUUUGCAAAAACAAAGAGCCUUAGUGAAUGUACAGACUAGACUUCUGUGUUCCUGGGAUGCAGAAGGGAGCAACUUUGCUAUUUGGUCCUUUAAGUGGACACAUUGUGAUAUAAAUGUGGAAAUAAAAAAAAUUUGCACAAA